UGUUGUUGCGCUCAUUCACUGGGAUUGUGUUAGAAGCAGAGCUUUCACACAGUCCGGAUUGUUGCUCUAACCAUCGCUACGGUGCUUGCUUGGCUGGCUAUCUGAUUCCCACCCAAUCUUGGAUUGUGCCCUGUGCAUGCCAUGCGCAGCCAAUCCCGCGUUAAUUGAUACACGCCAUACAGAACAGAGGCAGCUACUUGGGAGCACCCGUGCUUCUUGACUAACUUAUACCUACGUGCGCCGCUGCGCUUGCUCGCUGGGACCUGGUACUUAUACUGCUUGGCUAGUUCUAAUCACCUGAAACCUCCCAUCAUGGCAACAAAACGGAAGGCGUCGGCUUUGAAUGCCACUCUGGAUGACGAACCGGUCGAUCCAACAGAUGAAUUGGCCUUCUAUUGCUUAGGUGGCGGAAAUGAGGUCGGACGGUCAUGUCAUAUUAUCCAGUACAAGGGGAAAACGGUCAUGCUUGACGCCGGCAUGCAUCCUGCGAAAGAAGGGUUCUCGGCUCUGCCCUUUUUUGACGAGUUUGAUCUGAGCACGGUGGAUAUUCUUUUGAUAAGCCAUUUUCAUGUUGAUCAUUCUUCUGCGCUCCCUUAUGUGCUCAGCAAGACCAAUUUCAAGGGUCGGGUGUUCAUGACGCACGCCACCAAAGCCAUCUACAAAUGGCUGAUCCAGGAUAAUGUGCGUGUGAGCAAUACGGCAUCGUCCUCCGAUCAACGGACUACGCUAUAUACCGAACAUGACCAUUUGUCUACGCUACCAUUCAUUGAGACGAUCGAUUUCAACACCACGCAUACGAUCAAUAGCAUUCGCAUUACUCCCUUUCCGGCUGGCCACGUCCUCGGUGCUGCGAUGUUCCUGAUUUCGAUAGCCGGUCUGAAUAUUCUCUUCACCGGCGACUACUCCCGUGAAGAAGACCGGCAUUUAAUCCCGGCCGAAGUUCCCAAGGGUGUGAAAAUCGAUGUGCUUAUUACCGAGUCGACGUUCGGUAUAUCGUCGAAUCCGCCCCGUCUGGAACGUGAAGCGGCCCUGAUGAAAGCGAUUACCGGUGUCCUAAAUCGUGGAGGCAGAGUCUUAAUGCCGGUGUUUGCCCUAGGUCGCGCUCAGGAGUUGUUGCUCAUCCUUGAUGAAUAUUGGGAGACCCAUCCCGAACUCCAGAAGAUUCCCAUUUACUAUAUCGGAAAUACGGCUCGCAGAUGUAUGGUCGUGUAUCAAACAUAUAUAGGUGCAAUGAACGAUAACAUUAAGCGACUCUUCCGUCAACGUAUGGCGGAGGCGGAAGCCAGCGGCGACAAGAGUAUCAGUGCAGGACCCUGGGACUUCAGGUUUGUCAGAAGUCUGCGCAGCUUGGAACGUUUCGAUGAUGUAGGAGGAUGUGUGAUGCUAGCAUCGCCGGGUAUGCUGCAGACGGGGACAAGUAGGGAGCUCCUGGAGCGGUGGGCACCCAAUGAACGCAACGGCGUUGUCAUGACCGGCUACAGUGUUGAGGGCACGAUGGCCAAGCAGAUCCUUAACGAACCUGAGCAGAUUCCUGCGGUGAUGUCCAGAGCAACAGCGGGAUUGGUGAGGCGUGGUAUGACCGGAAAUGAAGAGGAGCAGAAAGUCAUGAUCCCCAGAAGGUGUACUGUGGACGAGGUCAGUUUCGCAGCCCAUGUAGAUGGCGUUGAGAACAGAAAUUUCAUUGAGGAAGUCUCCGCCCCGGUCGUGAUCCUCGUCCACGGCGAAAAACACCAAAUGAUGCGCCUCAAAUCGAAAUUGCUCAGUCUUAAUGCCGAGAAGACCGUCAAGGUCAAGGUCUACACACCGGCAAACUGCGAAGAAGUCCGCAUUCCCUUCAAGAAGGACAAGAUCGCGAAGGUGGUCGGUAGACUGGCUCAAAUCGCGCCUCCAUUGGAGGAAGACGAUGGUCAACUUAUGGGUGGUGUCCUUGUACAGAAUGGAUUCAACCUGUCGUUGAUGGCACCGGAUGAUCUCCGCGAGUAUGCCGGUUUGACAACCACUGCCAUUACAUGCAAGCAGCAUAUCACGUUGAGCUCUGCAAGCAUGGAUCUGAUCAAGUGGGCUCUCGAGGGUACCUUCGGGGCCAUCGAAGAGGUUGGCAACUCCCAACAGGAGAUCAUCAAGAAGGAACACGAAGGCAGUUCCGAGAAGCCCAACGGAGAUGGGGCUAAAGAGGAAGCUGCCGAUGAGGAGAUCCCCAUCGAAGGCACACAAACCUACCUUGUCAUGGGCUGUGUGUUUAUCCGAUACUAUCCUCGCACCCGUGAGGUCGAGCUUGAAUGGGAAGGAAACAUGAUGAAUGAUGGAGUGGCUGAUGCAGUAAUGGCGGUUCUUCUGACUGUCGAGAGCAGCCCUGCCUCAGUGAAGCAAUCUGCGAAGCAGAAGCAUCACCACCAUCAUCAUCAUGACGACACUAUCCAGCUCCCUAACCCUCACUCACACCUAGGGCCAGAGGGGCGUUUUAGACGUCUCCUCAUGAUGCUCCAAGCACAGUUUGGAUCGGAAAUCGUUGCCAUUGAGCGUCCACGACUACCUUCAAAUAGCAUCACAAACGGCAAUGACGGUAAAGCUGAAUCCGUUGAAAAGUCACCUGUGAAGGUAGAGGAGGACGAGGACGAGGACGCCUUGACGGAGCUGGAAGCGGUCGAGAUUUCUCGUCUUCAGGCACUUGGCAUUCCAUUCCCGGGACUCGAGAUCAAGGUUGACAAACAUGUUGCCCGUAUAUGGCUAGAGGAUCUUGAAGUGGAAUGUGCCAAUCCAGUGCUGAGGGAUCGGAUCCGAGUCGUCAUUGAAAGAGCCGUGGAAACCGUGGCAAGCAUGUGGACCGAGGGACCCCCGCCUGCGACGGCCACCAACGGAGAGAGCAAGGAGCAGGCCAAGGAUGCUUCAGAGAUCAAGGCUGCUGCGAUUGAGGCCCAAGCUUGAACGAAGCCGUGGUGUGUAACAUUAAAUCUCCGUCUUUCCACGUUCAUCCAGUCAUACUUUUUCAUAAGGCGAAUCCCUAAGACUAUACCCGGCUGAAGUUGCUCGGCAUGCACAGGAAACAAUAAACAUAAUGAAUAUACGUUGCCACUGCCAUCAAGCAAGAAAUAUAACAUCCA